AUGUACGUGCUGGAGGGACUCUACGAGUCUGUGUACAAUGCGAGGUGGAGCCAUGUUGUGGAAGUUACUGGCGGCGAGGGGACGGAAAUGGAGGUGAGGGAGGGGAAACCACCGCAGUCAUGGACUUACAAGAAAGUUGGCUACACUCUUGAAAAGGAUGACGGUGUGCAGCAAUCCGGUGCAGAGCGUCUCAAGCUGAUGGUGCUCACCUCGGACAAGGAAUGGCCGUACUCGUGGGAACGGGAGGUGAGUGAAUUUAUUCAUGACUGCUAUUUGAACUGUGAGGUGGAGCGAGUGUGGCAGAUCGUCAAGCGCGAUCUAACCAAGUGGUUCAGCACUCGCGGUAAGAUCAAACCUUCGCCUGAUCCGCGUGUGUUGAUUGGGACGCCCGGGAUCGGGAAGUCGAUGAAUGCCGGUUCGUACCUCCUCUACCAGCUGCUGCAAUACGAUGCGGAGAAACUCCAAAUGGUUGCGUACUUUAUUGCGGAUCGAACAUUUCUGUUUGACAAGACCGCCAAAACGGUGUCACUGUACACGAGUGAGGCCAGUAUUCUGAGUAUUUUGGACAGUUUCUCUUGGCGUGGGGUGAAAGGGUAUAUUAUCUACGACGUGGCAAUGAGGGGUCAUGAACCGUCUGCUAGUUUGCCUUGCGAGGAAUGGGGCAUGAUUGUGGUGACUUCACCGAACACAAACAACUACGAAUCGUGGGCGAAGCAAAUGGGAGCGGAACGAAUCCUAAUUAAUUGCCCUGACGAGAGCGAUGUGAGGGCAAUGUGCGUUUGGAAGGAGCACAAUGGGCAGCUUGAGGAGGAAGAAGCGGAGGAAGAAACAGAGGAAGAAGCGGAGGAACAAGCGGAGGAAGAAGAGGACUACUGGAAAAAGGUGAAGGAUCGCAUGGAUAAAGUGGGGCCGAUUCUCCGCUUCAUCUUUAAUGAAAAAAAGUGUGAGGCUCGCUUUAUCGCGUGUGAAGAUGCCGUGGAAGCAAUCACUCCUUCGAUGCUACAGUAUUACGCUGGUAUUGGGAGUGGCAAAUCGUGCAACGGCAAUCACGUGUCUCACAAGCUUGUGAAGGUUGUCCGAGUACGAAAAGACAACAUUGAAUCGCCUUUGAAUAUACUGAUAUCUCCCUAUUUUGAACGUAAAACAUUGUCCAUGGUGGAAAGUGAAUUGAAGCAGACGGAUUUUUUUUUUCUCUUGUUGAGUAUUUGGGAUUAUGUCUUACCACAUUUUUUUGAAAAGUAUGCCGUAUCCGCAUUUUUGAAUGAGGAUUUCCUACGUGCCACAAGACUUAAAAUUGAGGAACUGAAGCUACCAGGACGAGGUGAGUCACACAGCUGUGCGCUGGUAAAGUAUUCGUACAAAAGCUUCACCAGGAAAGAGCUUUUACAAGUACCAGACAACCCUUCUAAUCGGAUCGCCAUAGAGUACAGUGUGCUGUAUCAACCGAAGGUCAAAAACUUUCCGUUGGUAAACGGCUUUUUCUUUGUGGACUCAAAUCCAAUGACGCUGGUUGGGCUGCAGAUCACUACGGCGGGUGAGCAUCACACCAAAACCAGCACUGUGAGGCAGUUCACGGAGUAUCUGGCGGCAUAUUUUAAUGAUUGGGAGGAAUUGUCCCGAGAAAUGUCGUGGGAGAUUAUUUAUGUGCAGCACAAAGACAACAAGCCGCUAACUGGCUGGCAGAGAUGUGAUCUUGUCAAUUCCGAUAAUUUGAGCGACGAUGAAAAAAGGAUUGCGGCGUUCUGGAAGGAAAAGGUGCAUCAGUACCGAGCAGCAGUAUCAUCCGCUGACGCCAGAAGAAAGAAAGCUCUCCGGAGGUGA